UUAAGAACUCAGCUAAGCCCUUCCCAAUUCCGAAGCUAUACUUUCGCUAAACAUCAAAAUGAAGUGCUCUUCCAUUAUUGCCGCCUCUUCCUUGGCCCUCGUGUCAGCAGGAAACUGCAGCCUCCCCCAGAUCAACCUGGGCCACUUCUCCUUCCCUCAUACCAAUAUGUUCGUCGCCUGGUCGCCCUACACACCAACCACAAUCCAAGAGCUCGACGACGUUUGCGUCAAGGCGGGCGCCAUUAAGGGUACUGCUACGUGGACCGCCGUCCGCACCGCGAGCACUUACACGUCGGGACCCAUCUGUGGCAACCCCUUCAACAUCACGAGCGACGAGACGGGCGUCACGUACCGCAACCUCGAGCUGGCUUGCAGCGACGACAACAGUGAAGGACAGGCGACACAGGUUACUGCUAUUGUAGACGCGACGUCGCAGACUACUGUCCAGACCUGCACGCCCGUGCUGGUGGAUGGUCAGCCGUUCCGCUUGGGGGAUGGUUGCUCCAACUAUCGCGGCAGCUCUCUGUCUUUCGACUUUGCUUGUUCUACAUAAAGCUGAAGAGAGUGACUUCUGUCUCAGCUGCUGAGUUUCAGGUGCGACUGUGGGGAUUGUUGAGACAACUAUAGACGGCUGGUAAAGUGUGGGUUGAACUUCUUAGAUAUAAGCCGCAGGCUGUCGCUGGCAUGGGGCUUCU